CCGUAGUCGUUUCGUAGGCGUUAUUUACUAGCGUGUUUAUGAACGUGAAAAUCGCCUUUUGACAAGUGAAAAACAAUUUUUCUCAAAAAAUACCGACGUUUUUCCAGCAAAAAGAAAUCAUGACAACGCAUUGACGAUGUUUCUCCAGCGGUCGACAGUAUCUCAGUGACCCUAAAAUUAGGAUAAAAUGUAUACGUGAAACGUUUACUGUUGAAAAAUGGCGAUGUAGGAUCAAUUUUUACCAAAAAUAAUUACAAAAACAAUGUUUAUCGCCCUCAUAGGUUAAAACGGAGCAGUUUGCAGUAUUUACAGAUGUUUAGAUGAUUGUUUUGUAACAUGAAGUUAUUUCAUAUACAGCAACCUUAUUUUUAAAUGUGCAUUAUUUGAGGAAAAUGUCUCGAGGAUAUGGGAAAUAUCGACGAGGCGGUGGAACCCACUCUAGCUUCCAUUUCGAUAAUUUAUUUAAGGAGAACAGUAACAGGCCUUCGGCUGCUCGAUCGGCAGCAACGGUAGGAAAAUGGGGCAUAACCUCAUUCACAUCAAUACGUACAUUAAACGGUUUAUCACGUUCCGAAAAUGAAACGGCAGCCCCCGCAGCAGAAGCUGCACCCAAACCCAAAAAGUUCUUUAAAAGUCGCAACACAGAACCCCCUGAUUUAAGCUCGACAUACCCCUCAAAACCAACCCCCAACUACCCCAAUCCCACUAAAAAGCCCCGCACCACGUACGAGGCUAGUGACAGGACUACCAGGGCUAGUUCUCCGCGUAAAUUCUUUUCCUCGAAAAGCAGCCCUCCAGAAAAGACUGUUCUAAGUUCAAAUGUAAAUAAGCCCAAAGCUACCGACCCUCCAAAACCGCCGAUAGUAUUACGGAUAUGCAGGGGCAAGUCGCAACUGUUGAACGACUCGGACGAAUCGGAAAGCACUCCCACUCCUUCCAGCACCCCUUCCACUUCGAACGUGACCUCGCCGAGAGCUUUAAGAGAAACGUCGAGGCCCACAAACUGUAGAAUAACCAGAUCCGCCAGGCGUAGCAUGCAGCAAGACCCCAGCAGUUCUCCUGCUACGGCGGACACUCCCGGUGAGUUCUCCCUGUUCACCAGCCCGAAAGCGGAGAGCGAUCUGUCCCCGCAGUACAUCCCCGCCGAAAAAUAUGAACUGGAACGUAAAGCCAUGUACGAUAAUUUACUCAGACCAAAUAGCCCUAAAAACUCAAGUACGGAAGACGUGGGCGACGAAAGUGUGACGUUUCCAGAACCAGAAAACAGUGUUGUGGAGGAAAACAACCAGGAAGGACUGAACGACGCAGAGACUGAUGAAAAAGAAAUGGAAUUAGAGGAGAAUUUACCGAUGGAAGAGACUGUCCCGGAAGAGGAAGAAGCUGUUGCGGAGGAGGACCAAAACGGAGAAGAAAUCGAACCUGAGGAAAUCAACGCUCUUAGCCCCCUACCGGAGCAGGAGCCUCAACAGCAGCCAGAAUUGGAACCCGAACACGAGCCGGAACCCGAACUGGAGCCGGAGCCUGAAUCGGAACCUCACAAAGACCUGCCUAUAGACGAAGACUGGAGCACAGACACUGACUCGAAUAGUACGGCUCCCGAAAUGGAGGUAAAACAGAUCUUACCAGAUCUCAGUUACAUGGCUAACCAAGCUAACGAUGACAAAGAAGAAAUAAUGUAUAACGCAAUGGAAAAACCCCCGGAAUCGGCACCGCCCGUCAAGUUGGUCAUAUCGAAGAAGAAGGGGAGUAUCUUCAAGAGUCGUACGAUGGUAGACGAUAACGGCAGUAAAAAACGUAGGGCCUUGUACAGGCACAAGUGGACCGACGAGGCUAAUAAGACUAGUGAAACGGAGAACGAAAAUGCGGUGGUUAAUAAUGUUUCCGCCGAUGACGAGUUUGGUUUUAAGGAAGAUUCUUUAACACGAACCACUACAAAGAUGGAUGAUCAAGAAGUGACUAGUGUUAAGUGUGCAAGACCCAAUAAAGGGUACUAUACGGUUGUACGGAACGUCAAAAAGGCGCACCAGAUCCAAGAAAUCGGCGAAUUCCAAGAAUUCAACGACGACGUAGAAUAUAUCCUAGACGCUCUUCAAGACAACAACCCGAUAAGCACCAGGUGCCUAUCGGCCAUAACUCUGGCCUCGAAGUGCAUGGUACCGGCAUUUAGAAUGCACGUUAGGGCGCACGGUACUGUCGCCAAGUUCUUCAAAGCUCUUCACGACGCUACAAAGGACCAAAGUUUGGGUUUGUGCACAGCUACCGUCAUGUUCGUCCUAAGCCAAGACAGGCUGAAUAUGGACUUAGACCGCGACUGUUUGGAACUUAUGUUGAACCUGCUGGAGUCCGACGUUAGUUACCAACAAGCGUUGGACGUUUGCGGGCUCAGUUCCGCUCAACUGGAGAAGAACAAGCAGAAAGUCAGGGAGCUUUGCGCGGAGAUUCAGAGCCAAGGACACGCCAUGCAUUUGAAUUUGGAAUCGAUAACUGUUGGGCAGCUGGCGAUGGAGACGCUCCUAAGUUUAACUUCUAAGAGAGCGGGGGAAUGGUUCAAAGAGGAACUUAGGGAAUUGGGCGGUCUCGAGCAUAUAAUGAAAACCAUCCACGAAUGCUGUCGGCAGGUGUCCGACUACGUCGUGACGUGGACCGAUACGCUUUUAGACAAGUUGCGGAAAGUCGACCGGUGCCUGCGUGUCUUAGAAAACGUGACGCACAACAACGAGGAGAACCAAUCGUAUAUCUUAAAGUACGACAACGGCAUUAUCUUAGAUACGUUGGUGAACCUGUAUAAAUUGUGCGACGGAGAAAUCCCCCUUUAUCCGGUUACCGAUAUCACGGACAAAACUUCCACCGGUACGAUAAUAAGGGAGGCCCUUCUGGUCACUUUGAAGGUGCUGAUAAAUCUCACGCAUCACUUUAACAAACAAUCCAUCGGAAGUCAGUUGAUUGGGGCUAGGCCGGCGAUCAUUGAAACUAGUUUGCACUUAUUACUACAAGUACCUAAUUACAUACCCGAACAGAAAAAAUUCGAGUUGGGAGUUCUGGUUCUGAUGUUGUUGAUCAAUCUAAUACAGAACCAGGAAUCCAACAAGAAACUUCUGAUGGACGCGAAAGCUCCCUCCAAGUUAGAAAGUAUAUAUUCUCGGGAAGAGAGCGCAGUAGAGGCCUUAAUAGCGCAAUUCUACCACUGGGAGGGUUGCGCCAAACUAGCUGAGAAGAAGACGAACGCCAUCCUGGAUGGGGAGAAGGACAGCGAGGACGCGCCGGUUCCGAAGUCCAACGAAGAGUUUAUCGAGGAAACGGUAGCUAAAUUAUUGCAGAAGGCGGGCACCCAUAUGGAAUUCACGUUUCUGGCGUCGUAUAUCGUGAUGUUGGUGGGAUUCCUGAUAAUGGAGAAUAUGGAUCGGCAGAAUUUCGUGAGGCAAUUCUUGAAGGGUAACAACUUUGCCGACAUGGUGGAGCUGCUCAAAAAGUUCUUUAACUUCAUGAAUUUAACGGCGUCGACCGAGGCGUCCAGUGUGUGCGCCAUAAAAGACACUGAGAAAGUGAUAAAAUUCUUGGAAGAGUGUGAUAAACCGCAGCAACCUCAGUCCCCGGAUAAACCGGCCUUCUCGGAGAGCAUGGGUAUGGAUCUCAGCUUCAGGCUGACUCCGUGAGAGGGGGAGGGGGCCUUGUUCGUUUGUACACUUUAUAUUUUUAGUGAGUUGUUAUCAGACACCCCGGGUACACAGAAUUGACAUACAAAAAAACAAAAUGGGCAAUUUGCUAAAACUAAAGUAUUUAAGGAUCUAUUAAGUCAUAUUUAAAGGUAGUUUUACUAGAUUAUAUCAUAAGAGAUAUUUACAAAUAUUAUAAUUUUAUAAUUGUUAGUAUUAUCCAGAAUGUUUUUUUUUUUAAAGUAAUCGCAUACGCAGUAUAUUUAUAGAAAUGGAGAUACUUUGGUUGGCAAGCGUAAGUUUAGUUAGGUAGUUGUUUAUAAUAAUUUUUUUUUUCAACUUUACCUUAAACCCUGUACAUAAUUUUAAAUUAAUUCCAGCCUGUUUUACUGUAAAUUGUAUUUUUUGCCUUAUUUAUUUUUAAUGUCCAUAUACAUUGUUCACAGGAUUGUUUAAAGAUGUAAAUAUAAAUCAUUACA